CUUCCUUCAAAUAUCAUAUGGAUUACAAAAUCGUUUCGUUAAAUUUUAUAUAAUUAUAAAAAAAUGAAAACAUUUAUUCGAAAUUUUUUUGUAACCAAGUUUCGCUUUGAUAUGAUAAGAGCUUGAUUAUGUACGAUCGGUUGUGUUUUUGUAUUGAAAUAGAAGUGCAUUCGUAAUUUAAAGCUUCAUGUGGCAAUCGGGGAAUAAAAUAAAAGAACGAAAAUUAUGAGAACAGGCCUGAUUUUGAGAAGCGAAAUUACAAAGAGUUCAUAAAAAGGCAUCAAGAUGCUCGAUUUAAACCAUAAAUACGAAGGUUUUGGAAAUCAAGCAUUUCAAAAGAGAACCAAAUCGUCUAUGUUUCCAAGUAAAGAAAACAUUAAUAGGACUUAUCACCCGACUGGCAAAUACAGAAAUGCAACGACGCCAAAUUCAUCCGUCGGUAUAAAGAAAAGGAUAGCAUUGCAAAAGAGUCAUUACAGUGCAGAUUUGAAGAACACAAAAAAAAAGAGAAAGAAAACAAACGUAUUUUCUCAGAAAUGUUCACGUCCAUCACCAAUUAACAAGGAAAUAGAGGAGAUUGAAAAUUCCAUUUGUCUCUUAACAAAGAAAUUAGAAGAUCGGAGAAGAAAUAGUGAUUCAAAUACACCUUCAGAUAAUUAUAGAUCUGAACAAAUAUUUCCUGAAUUGUACUCUUCGGCAUCAUCAAGUAAUUAUAAAUUGAAGAAUAAUCAUAAAGAUUUUAGUAAAAGAAAAUCGGGUAUGAAAACCAUGGAAGUCAGAUCUUCGUAUAUCCAAAGAUGCAGUUACGAACAAGAACGUUCAAGACUAAAGAGUAAUUCGGAGCCAAUUAAAACAUUGAAUACGGCUAACGUAACCGGUACGUUAUCAGUACCCAAUAAAAAAUCUUUCCAAAAUGGAAUAAGUUCCAGGAAAAUGAAAAAGAUGCACGAUAGGUUAGAUCGAGUAAGGGAAUUUAUAAGAAGUAUAAAUGCAAUGGAAAUAAGAACAUUCAGCGAUGGGAUAAAUCAUAAAGAUAGUCCACAAAAGAAAAACAGCUCCAAUGAUCCGUCUGAAGGAACAGAUAUGGCAGGGAACGACCAUUACAGGACUAUACAACAAAUUGUAAAAAGCAGGAGGAUUUUUAACAGAAAUAGAGUGUUUGCGUCAAGACCUCCCUUGCUAGAAACUGUCAUUGAAGAACCUGAAAAGGAAGAAGAAGAAGCAAAAUUGUAUGAAAUGUUAUGAUUUAAAAAUUGAAAACAUUUGUAUAUAAGAUUUAUUGUUUGGCGAUUAAUAAGUGCCAUAAUUAUUAAAAAUCUAUUUUAGUUUUCUUUAAAACAUACAAAGGUGCAAUCCAAGUAACUUAAUAUAUAUAUUUUCUCAUCCAUUAAAA